AUGGCCCCUCAGAGAAAGUAUAUCUGCCAGUUUUGCGCCAAGGCGUUCUCGCGCAGCGAACACAAGGCGCGGCACGAGCGCUCGCACACCAAGGAAAAGCCGUUCCGGUGCCAGCAGUGCGAUUCCUCCUUCGUCAGACGCGAUUUGUUGCAGAGGCACUGCCGCACGGUUCAU